ACAAUAGUUUUACCGUCCCUGAAGAAGGGAAUUAUCAUAAAUAACCUGUAGUAUUUUGGUGGCAAUCACCGGCGGUCACUUAAAAAUCCCGCUGGCUCCUAGCACUACAAUUACAAUAACAAGCAGGAGGUGUGAAACAGAGAAGCUAUCUAAACCCCAGAUUUUAAUGGCACUCAAUUGCAUUUUCUAUGUUCAUACUACUUCAAUCCCAACUUCACUCAUUCCUUCAAUUCCUUCAUAUUCCCUUCAAAUUCCACCCUCCUCAUUUCUCAAAAUCAAGGAAAAUAGCAAAUUCAACUCCAUCAAUAAUGGCAGCAGUUUUACAAUAACAAGUAGAAGAAGAAACAGACAAGUUAUUGUCUAUGGUUUUUUACCUGUAGACCCAUGGGCACCCAACAUUGAUUCACAAAGCAUUGCUUCUCAACUCUUCGCUUUCUCUCUCUUCCCUUAUUUGGGUUUUCUCUACUUCAUCACCAAAUCUAAAACCGCCCCAAAACUCACUCUUUUUGGGUUCUAUUUCUUGCUUGCAUUUGUGGGUGCUACUAUUCCUGCUGGGAUCUAUGCAAAGGUACACUAUGGAACUUCCCUCUCUAAUGUGGACUGGUUGCAUGGUGGGGCUGAGUCUCUGCUCACUCUGACAAACUUAUUCAUUGUGCUGGGAUUAAGAAAAGCUUUGAGGGAACCUACAAAUUCAGAAGAGAACCAAUCUGCUGAAGUUACAGGUUCAAAAGACGAAAAUUCUUCCUCAUAGCAUAUUACAUUUGCAGAUGUUCUAUUUAUGCCUUCUGCUGCAGCAACUAAUGAAUUUCAAGAUUAAUGUCAUCGCAUCUGUCAAAUGUAGCUGCAUGGAGCAUCUUGUAAACAUCUUUUGCUGGGAAAAUGGGGUUUUCCUGAGCUCACUUGGUUGUAAUGUCUUUAGCAUAUUCAUAUUCCCUAUAUUACAAUUAUUUAUAAUAUCUUCCAUCUGUUCUCUGCA